AUGACUACUGAGAUGAACCCCAUCGAAUUGGAGCCUAAGGCUGCUAUCGACCAUCUGGACGUCAUCGAGAAAACCCCUUCUGCGAUUAACAUUGUCGAUAAUGGACCAUCUUACACUCCCGAGGAGGCGAAAAGAGUUCGACGAAAGAUGGACAUCUAUAUCUUACCUGUGUUAUGUUUCAUGAAUAUCUGUGCUUUCCUCGACAAAGCAAACAUCGGAAAUGCGAACACGGCUGGCAUGUCUGCCGACUUGGGUAUCACCAAGAAGCAAUACAACUUUCUUUUGACGAUCUUCUAUGUUGUUUACACGAUCUGUCAGCCCGAAAUGCUUCUUCUGAAGUUUAUACCUCCCAAGUUUUUUUUGACGGGGAUAGUCACCUUCUGGGGUCUUGCAUCUACCUUGCAAGGUGUCACUAGCAGCUACGGAGGAAUGCUCGCCUGUCGUGUGGUCAUCGCUGCUCUGGAAGCAGGCGGUGGGCCGGCAAUCGCUUUCUAUUUCACCAUGUUGUACCCUCGAGAAGAAUUCGGUCUUCGUUGGGCCAUCUUCCAAGCCGUCUCUUGUAUUGCAAACGCCUUCGCAGGAGCUGCAGCUUACGGUCUUGUGCAAGCUAAAACUUCGAUCACUCCAUGGAAGCUUGUGUUCAUCGUUGAAUCCACCCCAACGUUCCUCGCGGCCGCAUUGAUCUUCCUCCUUCUACCCUCUGGUCCUGACAGGUGUGCUUGGCUCAGUCCACGGGAGAAUGAGAUCGCUCGAGAGCGUGUGGAGCGAAGUCAGUCCAAAGAGCACCAUGGGGGAUAUUCUGUCGCCGGUUUCAAAGCUGCGUUGAAGGAACCAUGGACCUGGUGGAUCGCUAUAAUCCAUUACGCAGGCGGCAGUGCAUUUAACUCGCUUUCGGUGUUCUUGACGGCCAUCAUCAAGGAAAUGGGAUACACUUCGGUCAACGCGCAAGGAUUAUCGGCACCUCCUUAUCUGGUCGCGUAUGUUAUUGCGGUCAUCACCGCUUACUGGUCUGACAGACUUUCGAUACGAGGUUGGUUCAUUGGCGUUGCCAACUUGGUCGGUGGUGUCGGGUACAUGAUGAUCGCCUACGUCGGACCCAGGAGUGUGCGAUACUUCGCAGCCUACGUUACUGUUGUUGGAGUAUAUGUUGGUCAACCGCUUAUGUUCUCGUGGUGUGCGACGAAUGCGGAUACAUCUUCCAAGAGGGCGGCAUCUUUGGUCAUAUUCUUGAUUACCGGUCAGCUGGGUAGCAUCACUGGCAGCAACAUCUAUGACGAUGCGCCCCGAUACCACAAGGGAAACUCCAUCUGCGCUGGGCUCUUAUUCCUCUCCUCCAUUCUCUGUUUCACUGGCACUUACUACUUGAAGUGGAGAAACAGGAAAAAGGACGAACAAUUCGGUGUCCCAGAUCCCGAUGCUGUUGUCGAACCGACCGCAGAUGGAUCAGAUCACCCUGCUUGGCGAUUCGUAUAUUAA